CACACUAUAAAAAUAGUAAACAAAUUCGCGACAACACGUGCAUUUAAUUCGUUAUUUUUUAUUGAGUGAAGCACUAUUAAUAAUGGAAUUAUUUACUGUAAAUAGGUAUACAGAGGAUUUAAAGAAACCCAAAGAUGGGAAUCAAGAAACCGCCAACGAAGAUGAAAUACUUCAGAAGUUGCUCCAGAAAGCAGCAAAACGCAAGAGGAAACACAAAGAAAGUGAAGUUAUAGAAACACCCGUCCCAGAAAAAGUAAAGCCACACGAAAAAGAGACGGAAACCAAGGAAGAGCUAUUAGAAUCAGAAGAAACCACCCGCGCAAUAGUUGAGGAGCAAGAUGUACCCUCUAGUGGCUUUCAAGUUCUUGGCGGUGAUGGUUCGGCGGACAAAAAGAACAAAGUGGAGAUGCAAUUGCCUAGUUGGCUGGCUCAUCCCACUAUCAUCGAGGGGGGAAACCUGCAGCCCGAGGAAGAGAUACCCGCUUCGGAGGCCAUUGAUCAGCUUGAUUACCUGGAAAAGUCUACCUGUCAGGCUCUUAAGCAGAUGAAAAUCAAGCGAAUGUUUCCUGUUCAACGCCAGGUCAUCCCAUGGAUUCUGGAGGCCCAUGCCAAGCCACCCCCUUUUCGUCCCCGCGAUAUUUGUGUAUCUGCUCCUACGGGAAGUGGUAAAACGUUGGCCUUCGCCAUACCAAUUGUUCAGUUGCUAUCACAACGGGUCGAAUGUAAAGUACGGGCCCUAGUCGUCCUUCCUGUGGCAGAGUUGGCCCUGCAGGUUUACCGGGUAAUCAGUGCAUUGUGCAGUAAAACUGAGCUAGAGGCUUGCCUGCUAUCAAAGCAACACAAACUUGAGGAUGAGCAGGAGAAGCUGGUUGAGUUCUAUAAAGGAAAAUAUUACUCCAAGGUGGAUAUUGUGGUAACCACUCCAGGUCGCCUGGUAGACCAUCUGCAUGCCACCAAAGGUUUUUGCCUAAAAAACCUUAAAUUCCUUAUCAUUGACGAGGCCGACAGGAUAAUGGAUGCAGUUUUCCAAAACUGGCUUUAUCACCUGGACAGUCAUGUUAAGGAGACCACAGACCAGUUGCUGGCCGGAAAUCAAGCUCCUCUAUGUUAUGCUGAACUUCAGUCCAGCUUUGGCAAGCAGCCACAUAAGCUCUUGUUCUCGGCUACACUAUCUCAGGAUCCGGAGAAGCUCCAAAAUCUACGACUCUUCCAGCCGCGUCUCUUUACCACCGUGUUUACCAUGCCCACAAUGACGAAGGUAUCAGGAGAAGGGAUGGAUAACGAAACGGAUCCAGAUCACGGACAAUUUGUGGGCAAAUACACAACGCCUGCGGAAUUAACUGAACGUUUCUGUGUUACGGAGCUGCGAUUGAAGCCGCUUACUCUUUUUGCUUUGGUGCAGGAGAACCAAUGGAAACGAUUCCUUUGCUUUACGAACAGCACGGACCAGGCCAGUCGUCUGACUCACGUAUUGAAAACCCUUUUCCUUAAUACGACUACUGCAGUAGCCGAGUUAUCUGGAAAUCUUUCGGCUCUAGUUCGAAAAAAUACGCUUAAAGACUUUGCCGCUGGAAGGUUAACGGGUCUAAUCUGUUCAGACGCCCUAGCGCGUGGUAUUGAUGUGGCUGAUAUAGAUGUUGUAAUCUCUUAUGAAGCACCACGCCACAUCAAGACCCACAUCCAUCGAGUAGGUCGAACAGCUCGAGCUGGACGAAAGGGUACCGCCAUCACCCUGCUGACGGAAAAAGAGCAGCCAGCAUUCAAAAAAAUAUUGAACGAUGUGGGCAAGGGACUAGGUGAAGAAAUACAAGUUUCGCAAGACAUGGAGAUAAAGCAUGCAGUUGACUAUAAAAACGCUUUGCACUUUCUGGCUGUCUAUCAGAGAAAGCAGAAGAAUCAAAAGAUGGCGAACAAGAAACGAGUUGCCCAUCAGGCAUUGGUCCAUAAGCACAAGGAGGAUGUGGAUCGUCCACUGACAUUGAUGGAAAAACUGCAGCUCAAAGCGGCUGAUGGUCAGGCGGAAGUUAUCUCCAAGAAACAGAACCUAAACGCGAAACCUAAAAAACCAAAAGCCAAGCCCAGAGAAUCCAAGAAACAAAGUGUUGCCAAAAUAAUAAAGGCAAUCAAAAAAUAAAAUUUUUAAUAAUUUUUUGGUUUGUAGUUAUUGUAUUUAGUUUAUUUUAUUAUAAUAAUGUAAAUCAAUAUUUGAUUGUUGUUUUGUAUAGCGUGAGCGUUUAUUCGGGGUCUCCGGGAGCAUUUUCUUAUCUGUGGGGCGCAAGUGAAUCCCCGCCAGGUUCUUCACCGCAAUCGGUAUUUGCUUACCCUGUAUGAAAGUACUUAAAUUUUAUGGCGAGUACGACGCACUACGCACUAAAUUUCUUAUUAUAAUUUGUGAAAAUAUAAUAAAGACAGUUCCUAUGAUAUUCUUUUUCGAAAGUGAGGCACACUUAGCA